AAUCACCUCAAAGCUGGUAACAUUGUUUUUUUUUGUGACGGCAGCAUUUGCUAACGCCAUUUAAAGAUGGCUGCCUUGUUGUUGGCGACUGUUGGGCGCUUGUUUGGAAAUUAAUGUUUGUUUCUUUAUAUUAUUAUGAGUUCAAUUGAGUAUGUUUUCGUCAUUGUGAAGAUAAACGCAUGAUUUAGUUAAUCGGUAGUUAACCCGGGCGCUGCCCCAACAGUCACCCUCGAGGAGAGCCCUCAAUGACCCACCUCUAGCUUAAGCCUACUUUACGAUAAGUUCAACGUUAGUUAGACAAGAUGUGGCCCGCUCCGCAGUACUCACACACCAACCAGCCCAAGUCCAAUGAGCAUCAGAACCAGCAGAACUUGAAGACGCUGGGAAUGACCUCAGCGAUUUCCAUGGCAGGUCCAAAACCGAUCGAUAUCGAAAAGACGAACGAACUGAAAGAAGCCCUCAUACCGUUCGGAGUCUUCGAAACUGAUGCUGAAAUGGACCACCGCAUGGAAGUGCUUGGAGCACUACAUAGGCUUGUGAGGCAGUGGAUACGGGAUGAGAGUACGAGGAAGAAUAUGCCGCCAACUGUAGCUGAGACUGUUGGUGGGAAUAUAUACACAUUCGGAUCCUAUAGACUUGGGGUCCACCACCGCGGCGCCGAUAUCGACGCGCUGUGCGUGGCGCCGCGACACAUCGACCGCACAGACUAUUUCCAGUCGUUCUACGAACUCCUACGCCAGCAGCCGCAGGUUCGAGAUUUGCGCGCGGUCGAAGAUGCAUUUGUGCCAGUCAUCAAAAUGAACUUUAAUGAUAUUGAGAUAGAUCUGCUAUUUGCCCGCCUCGCUCUCAAGGAGAUACCAGAUUGUUUUGAUCUCCGAGACGACAUGCUCCUCAAGAACCUGGACCAGAAAUGCGUCCGCUCAUUAAACGGAUGCCGCGUCACCGACGAGAUCCUUCGCCUCGUGCCCAACAUUGACAACUUCCGGUUGACUCUGCGCGCCAUCAAACUGUGGGCCAAGCGUCACGGCAUCUACUCGAACACACUGGGCUACCUCGGCGGCGUCUCGUGGGCGAUGCUGGUCGCUCGCACUUGCCAACUGUACCCGAACGCCCUCCCGGCGACAUUGCUGCACAAGUUCUUCCUGGUCUUCAGCCAGUGGAAGUGGCCGCAGCCGGUUUUGCUAAAGCAGCCCGACAGUGUCAACCUGGGCUUCCCGGUGUGGGAUCCAAGGGUAAACGUCUCCGACCGGUUCCACCUAAUGCCAAUCAUCACCCCCGCCUACCCGCAACAGAACUCCACCUUCAACGUGUCUGCCUCAACGAGGACAGUAAUCAUGGAGGAGUUCAGACUGGGUCUCGCAAUAACAGACGAGAUAAUGCUCUCAAAAUGCGGUUGGGAGCGUCUCUUCGAAGCUCCCAACUUCUUCGCUCGCUACAAGCACUUCAUAGUGCUGCUCGCUUCUUCAGCUAACAAGGAUGACCAGCUGCAGUGGUGUGGGCUGGUGGAGAGUCGGAUCAGGCAUCUCAUCACAACUUUGGAAAGAAACCAACACAUAACCAUCGCCCACGUCAACCCAGAGUGCUACAACUCCGUGCCACUCAACAUAAAUAACGGGCAACCCCUCGCAUUGCCGCCUGGUGCUCCAGUCCCAGAUCCUGGGAGUGAAGUCAAAAAGAAUGAAAAUGGUGAAGUACUAGCGAACCACUGUUCCAUGUGGUUUAUCGGUCUCGUGUUUGAGAAGACGAACCUAAACGUAGACCUCACGUACGACAUAUCCACGUUCACGAAGAGCGUGCAUUACCAAGCGGAGAACACUAAUAUGCUAAGAGAAGGCAUGGCUAUCGAGGUGCGGCACGUGCGCCGCAAGCAGCUGCACCAGUACCUGUCGGCAUCGCUGCUGGUGAAGCGCGAGCGCACGGCGUCGGGAACUAAACGCAAGCCCGACGCGCACGCGCACGCGCAGCCCGUCAAGCCCGCGCCCAAGAAGACCAAGCGCCUGUCCGAGAGCAGCACGGACGAAGUGAGCAUCCUGUCGUACAACGACGACUCCAACUCGUCCAAUGUGUACGAGCUGAACCUGCACUCCGCGGCCGCGCCCCUGCUCCCCGCCCCCGCGCCCGCCCCCGCGGCCCCCUCGCCCCCCGCGAGCGCCCCCGCCCCCGCCGAGCCCGCGGGGGCGGGGCCGGGGGCGGGGGCGGCGGGGCCCAGCGUGGCCUGCACGUAGCGGUACGAGGAGUGGCGCCGCCGGUUCAUCUACGGCACGCAUCCGGCCCGACCCAAGCGCGGGGCCCCACUGUGAAGUGACUACAGUGCAGUGCAGUGCUAACUGGUGUUAUGUGACCAAUUGAUCUAAAUAGCCUAUACCGGCAUUUCCCAAGCUGUAAAUCUGAGGGUUAACGGUAAUGUUUUAUGGCCCCUUUUUAAGCAGCCAAGAUUUAGGCCCAAGAAAUGGCAGUUUUUGUUAGGUCGGUCGGAGCUCAGCCAACUUUGGGAAUUGGGCACCACCGGCCUAUACUAUUUGCCGCCCUUUUUAUACCCGAAUACUGCUUCGCGUGGCCCGGGCUCCGCUGAGCUCCUACGUGUAGCGUUCGGUGCGAUUUAAUGGUGUUAUUUUCAUUCAAUGAUCUAAUGUGACGCGUAACGGUUUACGCCGUUAUGCCUCAAUCUAUGACUCCUGAUGGUUCAUUUACAACCGCCGCCAUCCGCCAUCGGAUGCGCAGGCGUGAGAACUACACUUCUUUUUACCCGCCUGCGUCAAUAAGAGGGUAAUUAAGUCUAAUAAUCACCAAGUUGAUUGUUGGUCGGGUAAGUAUGAUAUCCUAAGACUAAGCCCCACAGAUCUAACCAUAUAGAACCAUAUAAUUACCGGCUAGAAAUAGCUCCACUGCUAUAUUGGGUUGUGCCGACCUCACAGGGGCAUUUGAUGACACACUACUCACUUGCCAAUAGUGUUAUUACUUCUUCAAAUUUUUUUGCCUUAUAUUGAGAGUAAAACACACUCACACUAUACGUCUAUGGACUGACUUUCCUCUUUGAUUAAAAAUUUUUAUGGACAAAAUUGAUUAAUUAAUAGUUGAUUCAAAUCCAAUAUUUAAGUUUUAGUUUUAAACUUCAUAACUAAAGCGUCGCAUGACCCAAGCUGGCAUAAAUAUGAACAAUGGUUAGACUUUUGCGUCGAAUCGUGAGUGACUUGUGAUGAUAGUGAUAAGGUUUCGGCGUGAUUUUGGCGUCGGAUACGUUUUGAGGGUAAGUUACUUGACUUUUUUACAGAAUUACUGUUUAUUACGUCAGUGAAUCAACUUUUUCUUGUCACUCAUCAUGGCUAUAUUUCCCUGGGCAACUCUUUAAACCCUGAUAUAGUGGUAUUAAUAUUACCAAACAUUAAAUUUUGUGGUAGUUUUAACCCAUUUAUAUGAUGGACCAUCUAUUAAGCAUAUUAGUAGAAAGUGAUACAACAUUUCUUCUAAGAAACUGCUACUAUUGCCCCCUACUGAUAAUGGGACAAAAUAACGACGAGAAAAAGUUGCAACACCACAACACAAAUUAAAAUAUUUUCAUAGAAAGUAAUUUAAUUUGUUCUUUGAGAAAAAGUUGAUCCACCCACGGGUAACGUGUAACAAUUAAGAAAUGAAGCUUAUUUAAAAAAAAG